AUGGGAGAACUGCCUAAUGAAAGAGUAAAACAUCAUCACCGACCGUUUACCUUCUGUGGAAUGGAUUACUUUGGUCCAAUUGCAGUCACAGUGGGAAGAAGACAGCAGAAAAGGUGGGGAGUGCUCGUAACAUGCUUAACUACAAGAGCAGUUCAUUUAGAGAUCGCUUCGUCAUUAUCAGCUGAUUCAACAAUAAUGGCGUUAAGGCGAAUGAUGGCGCGAAGAGGCAAUCCGACGGAAGUCUUCUCAGACAACGGGACAAACAUGGUGGGAGCUAAUACCGAACUAAAAAGAGCCAUUAGCGAAAUUGACCGAGCUGAACUCGAACAAGAACUAACCAACCGUGGUAUAAAAUGGCGUUUUAUUCCCCCUGGAACACCACACAUGGGUGGCAGUUGGGAGAGGUUAGUAAGAAGCGUUAAAGUAGCACUAAAUGCAGUGCUUACAUCAAGAGCGCCAAAAGAGGAGGUAUUAGCUACUCUUAUUGCAGAAGCCGAACACGUUGUAAACAGCCGCCCUCUCACUCAUUUAUCUAUGGAUCAUCAGGAUAAGGAAAGCCUAACACCCAACCAUUUUCUCCUAGGAUCUUCGUCAGGAGUUACUGUACCAGAAAAAUUCACCGAUCAUGAUUUAUGUUCACGCAAGACAUGGCGAAAAGCGCAAAGACUUGCUGACAUGUUCUGGGCGAGGUGGAUUAAGGAAUACCUGCCAAACUUGGUGGCAAGGAAAUGUUGGUCACAGGAGGUAAGAAAGUUAGCAGUUGGUGACGUGGUAAUGAUUGCUGACUCGGGUUUUCCAAGAAAUACCUGGCCCAAGGGAUUAGUAAUUAAAGUAAAUCCCGCAAAGGAUGGCAGAAUACGCUCGGCGGAAGUAAGUACGAAAGGGCGCAUACUGAAACGCUCAGCAGCCAACCUAAUUGUAAUAGUGCCAGCUAAUAGUACGAAUGAAUCAGAUCUUCGUACUGUGGGGGAGGAUGUUGACGAGUGA